GAUAAUUAGUGCCUUAAAAGCUGCCAUGAGUGAUGUUGUUGAGAAGACACUCAGUGCUCUUCCGAGUCUGCUAUCGCUAGAUUCUCAACCAGGAGCUGGGAAACUCUCCUCUACCUCUAAAUUAGGCAGUUUGAUACGAAACAUCACUGAACUGACGUCUAAACAUGAAGAAGAGAAACUCAUUAAACGGGAACUGGCAGCUCUUAAAGAGCAGGUUUCUUCACCAAACACUACCAUGAAACAGAUGAGGGAGGCGAUGGUGAGAGCCAUCUACUGUGAGAUGUUGGGAUAUGAGGCCUCCUUCACGUACAUCCAUGCCAUCAAACUUGCCCAGCAGGGCACUGUACUUGAGAAGAGAGUGGGCUACCUUGCGGUAUCAUUAUUUCUCAACGAAAGCCAUGAUCUUCUGCUGCUGCUUGUUAAUACAGUGUUAAAGGACCUUCAGAGCUCAAAUCUCAUUGAGGUUUGCAUGGCUUUAACUGUCGUCAGUCAAGUGUUCCCCAAGGACAUGAUACCUGCCAUACUUCCAGUGGUUGAGGAAAAGCUAACACAUCCAAAGGAGAUUAUCCGACGGAAAGCAGUCCUGGCCUUGUACAAAUUCUAUCUGAUUGCUCCCAAUCAGGUCCAGCAUAUUCACGCCAAGUUCCGGAAAGCCCUUUGUGAUAAAGAUCCUGGUGUCAUGACGGCCUCCUUGCACAUCUACCUGCAGUUGAUCAAGGAGAGUCCAGACAUGUACAAGGAACUGACAGGCAGUUUUGUGACUAUCUUGAAGCAGGUUGUUGGGGGGAAACUUCCCAUAGACUUCAACUAUCAUAGUGUUCCGGCCCCUUGGCUCCAAAUUCAGCUGCUGCGAAUCCUCGGUCUGCUUGGCAGAGAGGACCAGAGCACUAGUGAACUGAUGUAUGACGUUUUAGACGAGUCACUGCGAAGAGCAGAAAUGAAUCAUAAUAUCACGUACGCCAUUCUGUAUGAGUGUGUAAAGGCCAUUUACUCCAUCUACCCUAAAUCGGAACUGUGUGAAAAAGCGGCCAAAUGCAUCGGAAACUUUGUCUUAUCUCCCAAGAUCAACCUUAAAUAUCUGGGGCUGAAAGCCCUCACCUACGUGGUCCAGCAGGAUGCUAACCUGGCCUUACAACACCAGAUGACUAUUAUUGAAUGUCUGGACCAUCCUGACCUCAUCAUUAAAAAGGAGACUUUAGAGCUGCUCUUCCGGAUCACCAACACCCAAAACGUGACCGUUAUUGUGGAAAAGAUGCUUGGUUUCCUCAAGCUGAGUAAUGAUGACUACACCAUUGUCGAUCUCGUUGGGAAAGUUGCAGAGCUGGCAGAGAAGUAUGCGCCGGACAAUGAGUGGUUUAUCCAGACGAUGAAUGAAGUGUUUUCCUUUGGAGGGGACAUGAUGCAACCUGACAUCCCAAACAGCUUCCUCAGGCUCUUAGCAGAAGGCUGUGAGAGCGCAGAGGAAAGCAGGCAGUUGAGGCUCUAUGCUGUGGACUCGUAUCUGGCUGUGCUGCAAAAAGACUCCGCCCACUUGCCUCAACGCUUUCUGCAAAUCAUCAGUUGGGUUUUGGGCGAGUACUCACACCUGAAGGAGGGGUUGGAUGUUCAGGAGGUCAGACAGCUCUUGAUGAAGCUGUUGGAUCGGAAGGGCGUUACCACGGAAACCCGAUGCUGGGUCCUAAGUUCCCUGAUGAAGUUAUGUGAGGGUCCUGGUGCUGAUGAAAUGGCGCAGGAGCUGGUGGAGAGGUGGGGCUCAUCCCUGGAUCCUCUGCUCCGUCAGCAGGCCCAGGAGCUGCUGUGUCUGAGCCUGGACAAGGAUCUCCGAACCCGGACACUGCCCCUUGCCACCACCUGGGACGGUCUGGAGGUGGACUCAUCUCUGUCUUUCCUGGACGGCUUUGUGGCAGAGGCUCUGGCUGCUGGAGCAGCACCGUACAAACCGCCUCAUCAGAGGCAACAGGAGCAGUGCCAGGAGAAAGCAUUGUCUCUGGAACCUUACGGCCUUUCCCUGCCGGUCAGUCUGUCGUCCUGCAGCCUCACAGACAGACAAUCCCCCACCCUCCUGUCCAUGAGCUCAGGGCAGUCUGGGAACAGCACAGAGCCAUCAAACAAAGCUGGCUCGAGCAAGCUAAACCUAGAGGGGGUGAAGAGAGUCUGGGGGAAAGAGGGAUAUCUUCCCCACAGGGAGGUGCCAGAGGAGUCUGCCCCCGUAGAGGAGGCCAGCAGUGCAGUGCAGUCUUCCAGCCAGCAGGGUGGCGCCAGUGACAAGAGUUCCAUGGCUCACACUGAACCCGUAGAACAGGACAAAGAAAAACAGCAACUGGCCUCCUCUUUAUUCGUCGGCCUAGGUUCCCACAACGCCACGUCUCUGAUGGGAAAAAGUGAAACUCCAUCUCAGAGGUUCAGGAGGAAACCCCGAACGCAGGUAUCCACAUCAUCAUCUGUCACCAGUGAGAAAUCUGACUCCUCCCACUCCUCCCGCAGCACUGUGGACAGUUUUCUCUAUGGCAGCCUACUGGAGGAGGAGCCAGUUCUGCCCCAACCAAACACUAGCCACACCCCCAGAGUCACUACAGCCAAUGGUUCCAGUGAAACCAAGACUCAGAGUUUCAUUCCAACCAAUGGCACGUUUGAAGGUGAAGAAGCAGAAGAAGAGGAGGAGGAGCCAACACAAACUGAAAAUGACAUUACAUCAGUGACUGCACACAGGACAAAACAGGGGUCUUUGAUAAUGAAUAGUGAUAUGGUGAUAGUCCAGCCCACCAUGUGGUCUGACCAACCCAAGGACUGGUCUCAGGAUGACAGUGGUGACCUACUCUCGUCUGGUUCUGACACACACAUGGAGACCAGUCCCCUCUUACUGCUGCCUGCUGACCUGAGAGACCUUCCCCACUCCAACAUUAACACACUGGCAGCAGACCAAAGCCUGCUCCUCUCCUCUUGCCAUGUCUACAGAGACGACGCCCUUGUCUUAGUUAUAUUUCUGUCCAAUUCUGGGGAAACACCCAUCCAAGAAAUAGCUGUCCAACUGAACUGUGAGCAGUUAGAGGUGGCCAGUCUCAGAGGUAAUGUAAUAGACACACUUGAUGGACUGGGUACAUCAGUGUGUCGAUACACUCUGGUCAUGGAUGGUGCACACACACAGGUGGAAAUGACAGGGACAGUGUCUUACCAAGCAGGGCCUGGUCACACACAAACACUGCCGUUCUCCAGCAAGCUGUCGCUGGCUGACUUCAUCAGGCCUUUGGUGAUCACCACAGAGGAGUAUGGGAAAUUAUGGUUGUCCUUUUCUCAUGACGUCAAACAGAACCUUAAACUCUUAAAAGGCGACAGAGACCCCCUCGUAACUACACUUGACGCCCUGAAAGAGACACUCCAGCUGCACAUAGUGGACAUCAUAGGUUCGGAGGGCAUCGUCGCCUGUCGCCUGCUCCAGGGUGCCCCCUGCCUGCUGCACUGUCGUAUCCAUGGUGACUCGCUGGCUGUGUGGCUGCGUUCUUCUCUGCCCGGUCUCCCAGACUGCGUAUUGUACUAUUGCCAGAAAGCCCUACUCGAGCACUGAGCUUCCAGAAACCUCCAUUUCU